AUGGGAAAAAGAAAACCAAUACCAUCAAUCAACAUUGGUAAUAACCUAAAUAAAAAACUUAAAUUUUCAAAACAAGAUUCAGAUCAACAACAACAACAACAACAAGAACAACAACCACAACAACCACAACAACCAAUUAUAAAAUAUAAAUCCAAAAGAGAAAAAGAAAUCCACGAAAAGAUUGAUAAAAUUAAAUCUGAAAGAAAGUUUAUUUAUAAAAAUGCAGAGAGACAUGUUAAAUUAAGUUUGGAAUAUGCUGGGUUGGCAUUGAGUUUACCAGCGGUCUUGAAAGACUUACACAGAGCAUUGGAAAAAUUUGAUGCACUUGAGUCCAGUUUGAUAGCUGAGCUAGAGUCUUUAAAAAUACCAGUAAAAAAUGCCAGUACCAUACCAGUUUUGCAUCCUCCAAUUAACCAUGUUAAUACAAGUAUUGCUACAACUGCUGCUGCCAGUAUCAACAACAACAACAACAAUGAUAACACCAUUACCACAACCACCACCACCACUACUAUCAGCAAUGACAAUCUUGCUUCAACUACAAAUUCUUUACCAGUUAACUCUGUACCAAGAACCACUGCCACUUUAUCAGAUGUUAACAGCCUUAUUACUGCAACUCUUGGACCCACUACUGCUCCUACUAUUGGUUCUUCUGCAACCACUGGUGAUACUACUGCAAUUGAUGGUACAAACACCAAUGUCACCACUGAUACUACCACCAUAGAAACAACCAUGAAGAAAAAAGGCAGACCACCACUUUUUAAAGAAAUUCCAGAAAAUUGUUAUGUCUGUGGAGUAACCGAAACUCCAUAUUGGAGAAGAGGUACAGACGAAGGUGUAAUGGUUGACCUCUGUAAUGCAUGUGGAUUGCGUUACAUGAAAUUAGAAAAGAAAGAGAGACUUUUAAAACAAAAAAAUAGUACCAGUAAUGUUUUGAACUAA